ACAGUUUAAUAUGCUUCGAAAUCUGCCGAAUGGACUUAAAUUGUGCGGGCGUCUAGUGCCAAUUCGUUUCGCAAGUAAUAUAAAUGCCGAGGAGUUCGUAAAGGUUAAAAAUUUCCAAGGCGUGCGUGAAAUCACAUUAUGCCAUCCACGUACACGAAAUUCCCUAUCGAUGGACAUGAUGUGCGUCCUGCACGAGGCACUUAUCGCGGAUCGGGACAGUGUGGAGCUGCGAUGCGUUGUACUGACGGCCGAGGGCAAAGUUUGGUCCGCUGGCCACAAUUUAAAGGAACUGCAGCCCAGCGAUCUUCAAUUUCGGGACUCCGUUUUCCAAAAGUUAACCGACAUUGUGCUGGACAUACAAAAGUUGCCUGUGCCGGUGAUCGCUAAGGUUAAUGGCUAUGCGGCUGCGGCUGGCUGUCAGCUGGCGGCUUCCUGUGACAUUAUUGUGGCCUCGGACAAGAGCAUGUUCUCCACGCCCGGUGCAGGCGUUGGCGUAUUCUGCAACACGCCCGGCGUGGCCGUCGGACGCGUCAUGUCGCGCCCCAAGUCGGCGUACAUGCUAAUGACUGGCCUGCCUCUAAGCAGCCAGGAUGCCUAUGUGGCUGGUUUGGUCACCAAAGUGGUGCCGGAAAACGAGCUGGACAAAACAAUUGAGGAAAUUGUCUGUGCCAUCAGAGAAAAAAGUCGUGCAGUUAUCGCCCUCGGCAAGGAUUUCUACUAUCAACAGCUCAAUAUGCCGCUCGAGGAAGCCUACAUUAAGGCCAAGGCAAAAAUGAAUGAAAAUCUGCAAUUAGAAGACUGCAAGGAGGGCAUGAGCAGCUUCGUUGAGAAGCGUGCGCCCAAAUGGAAGCAUACCAAAUGAGAUCUGUCACGUGCCGAGAUAAAUUAUCAUUUGUAUGGACCCGACCAAAUGUGCAUUUACUUAUGUAAAGACAAAUAUAGUUUAGAACUUGUUAUGCUUUUUAAA